AUGCAGCACUACGGGGUGAAUGGCUACUCCCUACAUGCUAUGAAUUCACUCAGCGCCAUGUACAACCUGCACCAGCAGGCAGCCCAGCAGGCUCAGCAUGCCCCGGACUACCGGCCAUCAGUGCAUGCGCUUACACUGGCUGAGCGCCUCGCCGGCUGUACAUUUCAAGACAUCAUCUUGGAGGCCCGCUAUGGCUCCCAGCACCGCAAACAACGUCGUAGUCGCACGGCAUUCACAGCCCAGCAGCUUGAGGCCCUGGAGAAGACCUUCCAGAAGACUCAUUACCCAGACGUGGUGAUGCGCGAGAGGCUGGCCAUGUGUACCAAUCUGCCCGAGGCCCGUGUGCAGGUCUGGUUCAAGAACCGCAGGGCCAAGUUCCGGAAGAAGCAGCGCAGCCUGCAGAAGGAACAGCUCCAGAAGCAGAAGGAGGCCGAGGGCUCCCACGGGGACGGCAAGAUGGAGGUCCCAGCCUCAGACACACAGCUGGAGUCAGAACAACCUCCCAGUCUGCCCAGUGGCGACCCUCCUGCUGAGCUCCAGCUGAGCCUGUCGGAGCAAUCGGCCAGUGAGUCAGCCCCUGAAGACCAGCCGGACCGUGAGGAGGACUCCCGGGCUGGGGCCGAGGAGCCCAAAGCUGAAAAGAGCCCGGGAUCUGAGAGCAAGGUGCUGGGCUGCAAGAGGGGCAGCCCCAAGGCAGAUUCCCCAGGCAGCCUGCCCAUAACUCCUGCAGCGCCAGCGGGAGGCCUCCUCGGCCCCACCCAUUCCUACUCCUCGUCCCCGCUCAGCCUCUUCCGUCUACAGGAGCAGUUUCGCCAGCACAUGGCCGCCACCAACAACCUGGUGCACUACUCGUCUUUUGAAGUGGGAGGCCCGGCGCCUGCUGCGGCUGCAGCUGCGGCGGCUGCUGCAGUGCCCUACCUGGGUGUCAACAUGGCCCCACUGAGCUCGCUGCACUGCCAGUCCUACUACCAAUCCCUGUCAGCGGCUGCUGCUGCCCACCAGGGUGUGUGGGGGUCCCCAUUGCUGCCGGCGCCCCCUACAGGCCUGGCCCCUGCCUCAGCUGCCCUGAACAGUAAAACCACGAGCAUCGAAAACCUUCGCCUCCGGGCCAAGCAGCACGCAGCCUCCCUGGGACUAGAUACACUUCCCAACUGACUGUCUGGCUUCCAACCCAACCAUGGUCUUGUGUGUUCCCCUGUCUCAGUCCCAUGGUUGUUCCCAAAAGGCUCUCCAAGAAUAAUCUUGAGAGCUCAGGGAUGCUGGGGCCUGGGGUCCUCUCACCCGGUGUCCCUUCUUCAGAGUCCUAACCCCAGGUGAAACCUACACACCCUGUGCAUGUCCCUGCUUGGACCCGUGGAGGUCAAAUAGGGAGGAGGUGAGCAAGUGGCUAGAUCCCCCUCCUCCGUAUCGCCUCCUCCCUCCUGGCCCUCCCCACUAGUAAGUUGAUAUGUGGAAUGUGAGAUAUAAAUAUAAAUAUAUAAAACUAUAUUUUCAGGCAUUGCCUGCCCCAGGCCCCUUUCCCUGUGCCCAUCACAUUACCACUGCUACCCUUGCCUCUGAAAUUCACUCCAGAGUGCUCUCCCUCUCUCUCCCCCCCCUCCCCACUCUCCCUCGAUCUUUCUUCUCUUGCCCCCGCCUACCUGGAUCUACCCGCUAUGCCUUCCCUCCGCCUCUGGUUUCUUCCUUUGGUGCUGGCUGUGUUAGUGUCCUGUACUCUCAAAUAGUGUUUUGUUUGGGGUUGUGGUUUUUUGGUUCUAGUAAUUUUGUUUCUUUCUGUUUCUCUUCUGCCCUGCCUGCCUAUCCCCCGCCCCCACAUUAACCUGAACCCUCUGUUCUACUCUAUGCCCGGAGUUUCAACGAAGUCCUACUCUGAGACCCUGGAGCAACAGGCAGGAGGUAGCCUUAGCCCUACAGCAUUUCCCAGAUAUUAGGAAGGGCUCAGGUUACCUUUUCUUCUCUUACUUCUUACCUUGGAAGUACCAGCUCCCCAGACUGCAGAGGGGCAUGUGUGAGCAUUGGCCAGGCUGGCAGCAGAACAGCUGGCAUCAUUGCAGGGCUCUGGAAUUCCUUAUCAGUGAGUGAAACCCUAUGGCUACACAUGGUCUCAAGAUUUGUUGGCUUCCUGUCCUAGCCUGGCUGUGGGAGAAGCAGCAUGGUAGGGGUAUCACUGGCACAGUUAGGGGUGUUCUUGCAUGUCUAGAAAACCUUGCUCUGCAGAGACCCUUUCAGGGUGGUGUGACCUUGGGCAAGCCCAGUGCCUUCUGGGACGCUUUUGUCUGGAUAAGAUGACUUACAAGAUUCUGUCCAUUUCCAAGCAACUCAGCAUUCUGUGCACACAGCCUUGGAGGGCAGGGUCUUUUUAUUUAAUUUUAACAACAUGACCCAACACAGACACUUAGAGAAGCCUGGUGUGUAAUUUAGAACAUUUCUGUUGUUUUCCUGAGGAACAAUAGAUCCUGCAUACAUGAAGCUCUCUGUGGAUACUGCCUCAGUUUCCCUGUAAGCGUAAUGGCUCCUUUCUAGGUUAGAUAAUCCGGAUUUGAUCCUAUUUUCCUUGGAUUCCAGGGCUAUCCUUGGGGGCUAUUCCUUUUCCAUGCCCGUGGUGGGGUGGGCAAGAUGACUUACAUAGAUUUGACUCAUCACUGAGCCCUCAGUCCCACAUUUAGAGAGAGGGUGGCCUGGCUGGCAUGACUGGCCUACAGAGUCAGCAGCGCCCACCUUAAGGUCAGUCUAGACUGGGGAAGGCUUCGGCCAGUAGGAAGUGGGAAGGUCGGUAACCUGAGCUGGGAAAGGCAUGAGAGCAAAUAGGAGAGGUGAGUAUGUGGGGCCCGCUGAGCAGGAGGGGCCUGGCCUCAUGACAGGUGGGGUGGAAAGGCCAAGGACCCAGCCUGAUAUCCACCUCCACGCAGCAAGCACCAAAGGCAGGCAGUAGAGGGUUUCUGAACAAGGGGUAUCUCCCUGGCAUCUGGAGUCUUGCAGUCCAAAGGCGUAGGACCAUCAGAGAAGGAGAGACUUGGCUAAGGAGACGGAAGGAGUUCUGGGCUGAGGAGGGUUCAGUGGUUCAUGGCUGAUGGAUUGUGGUUAGCUUCAGGACGUCAUGUUUCUGAACCAUCUCAUCUGGGGCCAGGCACAGGGCUGAAACUAGUUUGUCUAUUCCUGGAAGCAAGUGACUGUCACUGGGACUUUUCUAGGCAUUACAAAUUCCCCCAGAAGGAACGAGGCCACCUGGAGUUGUACCCUGUCAUGGCAGAGUCGGGGCUACCUAGGCUUUCCAGAUCUCUCUUGGGUUUUUGUCAGCAGUUCUCCCACUCCGCUGACACAAACCAUCCCAGGCCUGCUGGUCCCUCAGGGCAGAGAGCCUGAGUAUCAAACCCUCGACAAGCCCUUCUACAGAAGUCUUGUACCUCUCUGCUCCUUGAGGUCUCCCUUGUCCUGUUUCCUCACUCCCCUAGAGCAUGGUCCCAGGGGUUUGGGUCCCCACCUCUAUGCAGAGGCUGAUGAGCAAUAUAGACUGCUUUCCAAACAAGCUUUUGUGACCAUUUGUGCUUAGAGGUUGUACCAGCCCGUGGCAAAAACACCGUGUAUUGUAUUUAUUUAUUCUGUUAGUUGAAGAAACAAAACUCAAACCACUCUCUUUCCCUUUUCCUGCCCCUGCGUAGCACAGCAUGAUGCUCUGUCCUGUGUAUCUGUCUGUCUUUUGGUCUUACUUCCUGUGACUUUGUGACCUGUUCUUUGUCCUAAUUGGCUAAUAAAAGAGAACCUGGCAGCACAGCCCUUGACCCAUAUUCAUUCCCAGAGAUACCUACAGUGGGCAGAGUGGCGUUUCAGAAUCUCCCUGUGACUGGAGAGACACAAUGCAUGGCUGCCCCGUGACAGGUGGUUUUUCUGCUGGUUUUGCAACAAUCUCUGUCAUCCUUAUUUGUUUGUAGCUCGUGUGUCACUUUGGAGAAGCCAUUGGGAGCAGGGAGUAUGGUACAGCUCUCCCUUCUCUGACCUUUUUGGGGGCUCACCCAAGGAAAGGUGGCAGGGCAGUCUGGGGCAGGGGACAUCUGCUGACAUUUGAAGUAGCGUUGGGGGUGGUUCUGCAGGGUAGAGAGACCAGGACAAUAUGUGAAGUCUCCAGCAAAGCCAGAGCCAAAGCUGAAUACCAGGAAAGCACAUUUGAAUUUUUAGGUGUGGUGGUACACACCUGUAAUCCCAGCACUUGAUAGAUGGAGGCAGGAGGAUUCUGAGUUCAAGGCCAGCUAUACAGCUAUACUUGAAACCUGGUCUAAAAAAAAUAGACUUUGGGUCUGGUUAAUUUUGGUGUGUGAUGUUUUUAUUUAUUUGCAAAAGUUUUUGUUUUAAUAAUAAAGUUAAUAAAAUAAAAAAA